UCAGGCAUCAAAAAGCAUAGAAAUAUAUUGUGGAAGGAAAAAAAAAAAAGGGGGAGGUAUGGUAAAAGUCAAAUUCAAUAUCAGUCUAAAAUCAGCGGGCAAUGCACCAGGCUUUAAUGAUACUCGAUGUAUUGUAAUUUAAUUUGUAACUCGACAGUCCUCCUAAUCCUAACAUAAAAUCGUCUACCUAGACAGACAAAUCUUAGAUCUAAUAAACAAAUAGUUUUAAAGAAUUUAAAUGCUGUGAGUAAUUUUUGGUAGAAGAAGAUGGAGUCGGCGCCGAUUCGGGUACCGUACCGGAAUCUCAAGAAGGAGAUAGAGGUAGAAAUGGUGGGUCUGGAAAUGGAGUCUCCUCCUUCUCCUCAUCGGAUCCAGUCUCCUCACACUCAUAAUUCCGAUGCAGAUUUGAGAUCUCAAUCCACUAGACAUCAUAUUAGCUUAAUCACUCUUGUUCUCAGCUGCACCGUCGCCGCUGGUGUUCAAUUCGGUUGGGCCUUGCAGCUCUCUCUCCUCACUCCCUAUAUACAGACUCUUGGAAUUGGACAUGCCUUUUCGUCCUUCAUUUGGCUCUGCGGUCCUAUUACAGGCCUUGUGGUUCAACCUUGCGUUGGUAUUUGGAGUGAUAAAUGCUCUUCAAAAUUUGGAAGAAGACGGCCAUUUAUUCUUGCAGGAUCACUCAUGAUCUCUGUUGCUGUGAUAAUAAUUGGAUUUUCUGCAGACAUUGGAUAUGUAUUAGGGGAUACAGAGGAGCAUUGCAGUAAAUUCAAGGGCACUCGAACGUGGGCAGCAUUUGUCUUUGUUAUUGGCUUCUGGAUGCUGGAUCUUGCUAAUAAUACGGUGCAGGGACCAGCCCGUGCCCUUCUUGCUGAUUUAUCAGGUCCUGAUCAACACAAUUUAUCAAAUGCUGUAUUUUGCUCAUGGAUGGCUGUUGGAAACAUUUUAGGAUUUUCAGCUGGUGCUAGUGGGAGUUGGAACAGAUGGUUUCCUUUCUUGAUGAAUAGAGCUUGUUGUGAAGCUUGCGGAAAUCUUAAAGCAGCAUUUCUUGUAGCAGUGGUCUUCCUCACUUUUUGUACUCUUGUGACUCUAUAUUUUGCGGAUGAGGUUCCACUAAAUGUUAAUCAACCACGCCAUUUAUCAGAUUCUGCUCCAUUGUUGAAUGGUUCACAACAAAACGGCCAUGAACUUUCAACAUCUGAGUCUCACUUGCCGGGUCUUGACAAUUUGAGUGGGAAUGGCAACAAUCAUGACCAUGAACUGAGAAUGAAUUCGAAGCAUGCCAACUCUGUAGGGGAUCAAAAUGAAAAUUUCAGCGAUGGCCCAGGAGCUGUGUUAGUCAAUUUAUUAACUAGUUUAAGGCAUUUACCUCCUGGAAUGCAUUCAGUGCUUGUCGUUAUGGCUCUAACUUGGUUGUCCUGGUUCCCAUUCUUUCUAUUUGAUACAGAUUGGAUGGGAAGAGAAGUUUAUCACGGAGAUCCAAAAGGGAAUUCGAAUGAAGUGGAGUUGUAUGAUCAAGGAGUCAGAGAAGGUGCAUUUGGUUUGCUGUUGAAUUCUGUUGUUCUUGGCAUUAGCUCGUUCUUGAUUGAGCCAAUGUGUCGGAGGUUGGGGUCAAGAUUUGUGUGGGCAAUGAGCAAUUUUAUAGUAUUUGUCUGCAUGGCAGGCACUGCUGUUAUUAGUUUGAUAUCAGUUGGUGAAUAUUCUGAAGGAAUCGAACAUGUAAUUGGAGGGAAUGCGCCAAUCAGGAUAGCUGCCUUGAUUGUAUUUGCUCUUCUUGGCUUUCCUCUUGCUAUUACCUAUAGUGUUCCAUUUUCUGUCACGGCAGAGUUGACUGCUGAUUCAGGCGGUGGCCAAGGAUUGGCCAUAGGAGUUCUCAAUCUUGCAAUAGUUAUUCCACAGAUGAUUAUAUCCAUUGGUGCCGGUCCAUGGGAUGCGCUUUUUGGGGGAGGAAAUAUACCAGCCUUCGUUCUGGCUUCUGUAUCUGCUCUUGCAGCUGGUGUUAUUGCAACUCUAAAGCUGCCGAAUCUUUCAAGCAGGUCCUUCCAGUCUGGUUUUCAUUUUGGCUAGCCACCAAACCGUGCUCACCAUGCUGACAUCAAUCCAAGUUGUGAUUGUCAAGGACAGGAGCAUGCUAGUUGGUCUUGCAUUCACAGAGAUCUUCCAUUUUUAUGUACGUAUAAUUUUUAUAUCAAAAGAAUCAUGCGUUACAUGUUCAAAUUCAUUAAUUUUUUUUUGCCCCACAUCAUGGGCAUCUGUACUAUCUGUAGAGUAUAAAUCAUUUGAAUUGAAAAGCUUAUACAGGCAUGUAGCAAUGAAUACUUAUCUAGAAAUCAUGAGUUAACUGGUCUAAGCUUUACAUUUUAUGUAGUUAUUAACAGAAAUUGUAUUAUAAUCAUCAUUUAAGCA